GGGAGAGCGUCGUAUGGAUUGAGAAACGCUCUGCCAGGUCGACGAGCAGAAUCACAUACCCGCAACUACCCGAAAGCACAAACCAGGGUAUGCGACUUCUUCGAAUCCAGCGUUUAUGAAAUUUUAACAGGGAAACAACACAAAUCAGUGACCUAUCGUACGACGAGGUAUAUAAGACACCGGAUAAGACCGGAACAUACAGCACCAUCUGCAAUAAUUCGCUAUAUAGCCUAUGAUAUCCUCACGAACCUCUUUAAUUUAAUGCUCCAACAACUGAAGACUUAGUUACCUGUCCAAGCCGCCCCAGUAACCAUCCAACCUCGACUCCAUACUUUAAGAUCGCUUUCUGUUUCUUCUCGGGAACUCUCAAACAUGUCGCCCAAUGGGAAACAACAAAAGAACGAAAAGUUCGGUCAUCUACCUCUAUCGACCUCCGGGCCACAAGAGACUAGCUUGACAGGCAACGCGCUCCUUCGAACUCCCUAUUUCAACAAAGGCUCAGCAUUCACCAAAGAAGAACGCGAUACAUUCAAGCUUCAUGGCCUUCUUCCUUCCAAUAUUCAAACCCUCGAUGAGCAGGUCAAGCGCGCAUAUGCCCAAUACAGCUCUCGUUCGAACGACCUCGCCAAGAACACCUUCAUGACGAGUAUGAAGGAGCAAAACGAGGUCCUCUACUACAGACUGAUUCUUGAUCACCUGAAGGAGAUGUUCUCCGUCAUCUAUACUCCUACUGAGGGUGAGGCAAUAGCUGAUUACUCCAAAAUCUUCCGAAGACCCGAAGGUUGCUUUCUCAAUAUCGAAGACAUGGGUCGCGUUGAGGACGACAUCAAGCAAUGGGGCGGCCCCGAGGAUAUUGACGUGAUAGUCGUAAGCGAUGGGCAGCAGAUACUGGGUAUUGGAGACCAAGGUGUAGGAGCCAUCCUGAUCAGUGUAGCAAAACUUGUCAUCUACACACUAUGCGCAGGCAUACAUCCUUCACGAACACUGCCGGUGGUCCUUGAUUGUGGUACAGAUAACGAGGAUCUCUUGAAUGACGAGCUAUAUCUUGGCUUGAGAAAACCACGAGUAUCUGGCGAGAAGUACGACCAAUUCGUCGACACGUUUAUAAAAGCCGCGCGAAAGCAGUACCCCAAGGCCUACAUACACUUUGAAGACUUUGGCUUGGACAAUGCACGAAGAAUCCUCGACAAGUAUACUCCUGAGAUCGCAUGCUUCAAUGACGAUGUUCAAGGGACUGGUUGUGUCACGCUUGCAGCUAUCAUGGCGGCUUUCAAAGUCAGCGGCACGAAGUGGGACGAAGCCCGCUUUGUCAUGUUUGGAGCGGGCUCAGCGGGAACUGGGAUUGCAGACCAGAUUCGGGAUGCCAUAGUGCAGAACACCGGAAAAUCAGACGACGAAGCGAGCCGUCAAAUUUGGUGUGUCGACAAACCAGGCCUUCUUUUGCAGAGAAAGAAAGACCAGCUUACCCCUGCUCAAAUACCCUUCGCGCGCACAGACAAGGAAUGGGAAGGAAAAGAUCAUGGGGAUCUACUCUCCGUUAUCAAAGAGGUGAAACCGCAUGUUCUCAUAGGCACAUCGACCAAUCCAGGCGCCUUCACAGAAGAUGUCGUCCGGGAGAUGGCCAAACACGUCGAGCGCCCUGUCAUCUUCCCGCUGUCCAACCCAACCAAACUCCAUGAAGCCAAACCCCAGGAUCUGUAUGAUUGGACAGAUGGAAAAGUACUAGUGGCGACUGGUUCACCUUUUGACCCAGUUAAGUACAACGGAAAGGAAUAUGAGAUAUCCGAGUGCAACAACUCUGUAACAUUCCCAGGCAUUGGACUAGGUGCAGUCCUGUCCCGCACUCGCCUGAUGACCCCCGCACUUCUUGUCGCCGCUGUUCAAGCUCUAGCUUCCGCAGCUCCAGUGGUUAACAAUGACGGGGCCGGUCUCCUCCCUGACGUUAAACAUGUCCGAAAAGUCAGUGUACAGAUUGCCAAAAAUGUGAUAAAGAAGGCGGUGGAAGAUGACUUGGCGCAAGAAAAGAAUAUACCAAGUGAUGAUGCAGAGUUGGAAGAAUGGAUAAGAGAGCAGAUGUGGGAAGCGGAGUACAGGCCGUUGAAGCUUGUUGAGCAUGACAAAGCGGAUGCGCAUGCGAAGGGAGAGGCUGGAACAGCAUCGGGACAGAGAGCAGCAAGGUUUGACUCUUAGUCCUAUAUUCACGAAAGUAUGUAGUAGGCUACUUUGUCAGCUGUUGCUUAAUAAGGUGAUGGUAUGAUGAGAGCUAGUCUAGUUUUAGUACCCAACGCCAACGCUCAAUGUAAUAAAUACAAGGGUGUGAUGAGAAACGAG